AUGCAUUUCUCAUUUUAUUCGUAUUCAUUUUUGCAAUUUUUUCGUUUUAGAUUUCAUCAAUAUUUUUUUCUUCUUCCAUCAUCAUACUCUCCCUUAUUUUCCGUUUGUUCUAUACACCCUUUCUUUCUUUUGCCAUCGUUGAUUAAUUCUUGUUUUUCGUUUCUUCCGUUCAGUGUCGUUGAUUUUCGCAAUUCUUUUCAUUCAUUGUACUCGAAUGUCUAUUCCAAUUUCUUUCGUUGCUUUUGUCAUUUCUUACUUUCAUCGUUUUAUUUCACCUUCAAUCAUUGUCUUUCAUUCUUUCCUUAUUCAUUCAUUCAUUCAUUCGUUAUUUAUUCUAUUUCUUUCUUCUUAUUCACUUCAUUAUUCUUUCGUGCUUUAUCCGCGACUUCCUUUAUUUUAUUCAUUGCUUUAUAUUUACUUAUUUUUCGGUUCCUCUUUUUGCUUUUCUACCUCAUUCUUCAUUCUCCAGCAUUAAUUUCCUUCAUCAACUUUUUCUUUCUCACUUUUUAUUUCCAUUCCUUAUCUGUGAAUCUCUGUCCUUUAUUUUUUUUAUUUCUCUUUUAUUCUUUAUUUUCCUUUCCCUCUUUUUUCUUUCCUUCAUUAUUUUUUCACUUUUAUUUCCUUCAUUCCCCUUCAUUCCUUAUGUUUCUACCCGUCUUUUUCUUUCUUUGUUUUCUCUUCAUUCGCCUUCUUUUCUUUUCUUCAUUUCUUUUUUCUUCCUUUCUUAUCUUUCUUUCCACUUCUUUCUCUUCCAUUCACAUAAAUAAUAUCCGAUUGCAACAAUAG